GUCUUUGAAUUCUAUAUAUCAGAAUUAGUUCCUAUUUGUUGGUCAAUGGUCAUUACUGGCUCAAGAUCCAAUGGAUGAACCUGAUUUCAAUGCCAAAUGACUGCUCUCACUCGUCACCUUGAUCAUGAUCAAUGCCGUUCCUUGUCUUGAACUCAUGUUAGUUCCUCGUAUGAUCAUCAUUUGAACUCAAUGAAUUCCAACAUGAAUUAGCAGCAAGAUCUCCCAGAUCUUUAGCUGCACUAUGGCCCUUCAUGAUAUCCCAAUGACAUUGAACCCAUUUUGAUACCAUUUCAGGGCCUUAAACAGUCAGUGAUCAUUCGGCGCGUCCGUUCUGAUCGUCUUUCUGUUACAUUGCAACGAUAAUCAUUCCAUUUGCUCUCAAGAGCCUCAUAGUGCGCUUGGACGUGUUCGGGUGUUCCAACACUGUUUCAAGCCCUUGAGCCUUACCUUAUUAAAGAAAUUGGUAGUCGAUUCUUUGUAGAAGUAGAGAAAACAAAGUCGCAUUACUUGCGCCACAAAAUGCCCGAUAUGAGUCUCGGAGAGAUUUCACCCAAACUGGGGCAGAAAUCUGACUGGCGUGACUGGCUUCGAGCGGUAACGCAAGAAGCAGACCGCCUGGACCUAGUCCAAUACCUCAACAACGUGCUGAACGGCAAUGCGGCAGGGGUUCCGAAACAACCCAACAACAACGACCGCAAGCUCCAGCAGAAUUGGCGAGAUUUGAAGAAUGUGAUCAUCAAGUCGCUCAAAGGUGCAGCCGAAGCACAUAUGAAGGAUCAGGAUACAACUGGAACUGUAAUGAACGCUGGUGAAGUGGUAACGAACCUCCGUGACGCUGGGUUCAGUCAAAAUGACCGCACAGAGCAACGAAUCUCUGCUAAAGCGUUGGAAGGGAUGCAUUUCACGAACCGUGAUUCUCCUCCAGACGUUCCAACAUUCCUGGCGAAGGUCAGAGAUGUCGUGAACCAAUCUCCGACCGUAUACCCGCCGGAAGUUGGUGUGGCUAUUGCUGAUCAACAAAAUGGAGCAAUCCUCGACAUUCUGCCAAAAAUGUUUUCCAAAGCAUUUCGACAGACAAUCGAGAGGAUGCAGGAAGAUAAACGUCUAACGUUCGUCCAAAUCGGUGAAAGACUCACGAAACGACUUCAGAGUUUGAUUGACUCUGGUGAGUACAAGAUCGAGAGUCCAUCUUUCGGCAAAGCUUUUCCAGCUGUCGAAGAUUCCGAUGAUGAAAACCAGAACAAUAACAAAACCAAGAAGCGCAAGCGUCAAGAUGAGAGUGAUGACGAUGGUAACGCAUUCGCCGCACUCAAGAAAACAACGAUCAAACGACUUCGCAAGAAGAUUCGCAAAGAAAUCAAGAACGAGGUCUACGCAACAAAAGGAAGUGGAAAGAGUAGUAGUAGUAGUUCUAGUAGUAAGAAAAACAAAGGAAAUGGCAAAGGUAAAGGUGCUAAGAACUCUAAUCCUAAUGAGGGUAUCCAGUGCGACUAUUGUCACAAGUAUGGACAUAAGGCGCACAAAUGCUGGCUAAACCCGAUGAGUCAAAGCUACCAACCUAACAAAGCCAUGAGCAGCAACUUCUUCAACAAUUCAUACAACUGUUGGCCGCAGGGUAACGCUAUCCCUCCGUGGCACCAGAACAACUAUCCACCGCAACAAAGUGGAGGAAAAGGAUUCGACAACAGUAACCCACAGCAGCAAUGGGGUGGACAACAACCACAACGCUGAGUCGAAACCAAUCCGGAAUGGAAUAGAUAUGGGAAACGAGAUGGACAGUCCCAAGAUGAAGAAGAAUUGGAAGAAGAUUUCGAAGAUGAAAAUGGAAGACGUUCGCUGAACUUUGAAGAAAACAUUGAGAAUAAAGAAUAUAGAAGUGAACUGUUUAGAGGUGAAAGCUAUAUGAUUGACAAUCGCUCAGGUUGCUAUCUAAGUGCAAAUAACAGGGAAAAUAGCAAAACAGUUUCACUUGUUGACAGUUGUGCUAAUAAGUAUUUGUCUAGCCAUCGUUCCGAUUUCAAGAAGAUUAGCUACCGGCUUUGUCAUAUUAGUGGCACUGCUGGAAAGCGAAGUGGGAACUUAGGUAGACUAAAAGAAAACAAAUUAGGAUUAAAAUAUGGCGUACACUUUGAACACUUACCAAAAGCCAUAGAUCGCAUUAUACCGUGGUUAGGUGAAGGAAACUGUCAUGAGAAGGGUUGGCAAAUGAAUUUCACAGAAAGUGGCGGAACGUUGUACAAUACUCGCUCCGGCCGCUCUCUACCCAUAACAAAUUGCCCCCAGAUGCAGUUACCUAUUCUAGGCUGUGACAUGUUUAGCAAAGAAGAAAAUGAAACUGAGGAGGAUAUAGUAUGCACUAGUAUAGAAGAAGCUAGACUUCAUUCACAAGCUUCAAGAUUAGACAUACAUCGUAGACUUGGUCACUUUCACGUUGAUGGCCUUAGUGUAUCUUGUCCAGAAUGUGAUCGAACCAAAGGUCAAAGACGCUCUCAUGCAAAAGUGAGACCCCCUGGACAUAUACCUUCUCCAUUGAAAACACUUGCAAUUGAUUUCGCAGUUGGUAUUAGACCAGUAUCUAUAAGAAGCAAAAGAUGUGCUUUAGUCAUUAUUUGUGAUUCGAUUAAAAUGUGUUUCGUUCGUCCUCUUUGCCUCAAGUCGGACUGCGUAGAGGUGAUUGAAGAAGUAAUAAAAGGCAUUCGCCAGGACUACUCAUUGUCACUCGACGACAAGGUGGUGUGGUUCAUCCGUAGAGAUAACGAACCCGUCCUAAGUAGUGACCAUAUGACCAAAGUCAUGCAAUCGCUACUGGUUUCGGAAAUUCCUGGAGUUCCUUACAACCCAGAAAUGAACGGAACUUGCGAACGUUUCAUGCGGACCAUUUUCGGUGCUGUACGUACCAUGUUGGUCAAAGUCGACCGACGUCUUUGGUGUUACUGCUUACAGUAUGCCGGAGAUUGUUGGAAUCGCUUACCGCAUCGUUAUGCAAAAAUGCCAGAACGUGAUGGAAUGAGUCCUGUCGAGAUACUAGAAAAGAGGAUAGGAAAGAAGUCCUCGAAAAGUGGUCUAGGUAUGUUAAGAAGAUUUGGUUGCUUGGUGUACUUUCGUGAACAGGUCGUAGACACCACCAACAAGAAAGAAGCAAAGCUUGCGUCACCUUAUCGGCGUGGUGUGUUUCUCGGUCUGUGUCCAGUUUCGUCUGGUUGGCUAGUAGGUACAUAUCACAACGAUGGGAGAACGAAAGCUGGCUUCAAGUGGAGUGAGUAUUCCACACUAGACGUAAAAUUUCGAGAGUCGAUAUUAGUCAAGAACAUUGAUUGGCUAUUGCCUACGUCGAAGGGCAUUUAUGUUGAUUAUGACCCGCUGGAAAACCUGCAGUCUGGCACGCCGUCGCUGGGUCCCGUCCUGCACAGACAUGCGCUGCAACGUAUGGCCUGUCAGCCGCGCUUCUCUGGCACGGAGUACAGCUCAGGCGAUCCAACCGGCAUGGAAAUGAUACUAGAUAACAAUGACAUUGGUGAGUUUUUCUGUGAAUCUUUGGACAAAGAGGAAGAUCCAAAGACCGGUGAUGAUUCCAACUCUGACGCGCAACGCGUUGAGGAGGGGAAUAUCUCAUCGGAGCGUGUGUCGCCUGACUCUAAUCCUGAAGCAAGGGAUCCGAGGACCUUACCCAUUCCACCAUCUCAACCAGGCAAAGUUGAGGAGGGGAAGAAAGGCCGAGGAAGACCUAAAGGGAGCAAGGAUAAGAAUCCAGGACAACGCAAAAGAAGAACAAAAGCCGAGCUAGAAGCAUUAAGAAAAGACAUGCAUAAAUUUGCCAUGCUAGCAGGCGGGCAUGAGCUGGAAGAAGGGGAGACCUUUCUCGAAGCACAUGUCAUGCUGUCAGUUUCCCAAGCCUUGAAAAGCCCUGACGCCGAGAAAUGGCGUGCAGCUAUCACCAAGGAGGAAGCUAGACUACUUGCCUUUGAGACUUGGGCGCCAGCUACUGACGAGGAGCUGCGAACCUCUUCUCAGGUAAUGCCUAUAGCAAUCGUUCUCACGGUAAAACGUGAUGGAACUUUCAAAGCUCGUGCUUGUGUGCUCGGGAAUCUUGAUCGUUCGGGGAAUAUCGACACCUACGCCCCUGUAGUGUCACAUGCUGCGAAUAGACUUUUACUCGUUUCAGCAGCGACGGACUCUGACUUCGUCAUCCCAUUCGACCUUGAUUCUGCGUUCCUUAAUGCUGAACUCGAUCGUGACGUCUUCUGCCGUCUUCCACCAGUGUGGGCGGAGAAGCAUGGAGCGGAUAUCGUCAAGCUUAAGAAAGCUCUCUAUGGGCUCAAGGACGCUCCACGAGCCUGGUUCAAGAAGUAUUGCGUGCUAUUGUCCGAACUCGGAUGGGAGCCGUGUCCUUCUGCUCCAGGAUUGUGGCGGAAAAAGAGCAAAACGCACCCAGGAAAGUAUAUGAAGAUGUCAGUCUAUGUUGAUGAUAACUUAGCUACUGGACCUGACUAUCACGAGUUACGGUCUGAGCUCGACCGGAUCUUUAGUCGCGCCCCUGGCCGACCUAUUGAGAUGGCAAAGCGAGUCGAUUCUCUUACGGGUUUCGAAUGGCUAGAGUUCGACUUUCUUGGUGCGAUUGUGCACUAUUGUCGGGAAGCACGUUCAGUGAAAAUCCUGAUGAAUGUGUACAUAGAGAAGACUAUACAGAAGUAUAAAAUAACAUUAGGUAAGCCGGUGUGGUCUCCAAAUUUCGACGAGUCUGCUUUGCUUGAGGAGGGGCUUAAGCUAGCAGCCGGGUUUCCAUUGCGUGAGAUUGUUGGCGCACUGCUUUGGAUAUCGACAACCGCAAGGCCAGAUAUUUGCGUCCCUGUGGCGACAUUGGCUCGGUAUGUCAGUAAGCCCGUUACUGAAAGAAUUGCAAAAGCCUGUAGAAAAGUGUUAAAGUAUCUAGCUACGACAAAGGACCAAGGACUCUACUACUCUCCAGAAAGUGAGGAAGAAUUCAACGAAAUUUACAAGAAGCUCCUACCAGAAGGAAGAGGGCUACCGUAUACUAACUGGCUCUCAGAUGCAGGAUUCGCAAACUGCAUAAAGAGCAUGCGCUCGACCAGUGGUUCGAUUGUGUACUAUCGGGGUUUUCCAAUCUGUUGGAAACGCAAUACCCAAACUGUGCGUGCAUAUUCAACUGCAGAGUCAGAGUAUAUAGCCGCGUCGGACACUAUUGUCAUGAGCGAGCUGCAUGAUUUUACAGAUUUCUUCAAUCCCUUACCCACUCAACUAGUGGAAGCGCGGUUUGGUAUAUCGCCAUCCCUCGACGAUGCCAUAUUGUGGAUAGACAACCAGCCCGCAAUCUCGACAGCAAAGAGUGAAGAUGCGAAGCCUAAGAGUAGACACUAUGCAUUACGUUAUUUAAGGGUUAGAGAUGCAGCUGAGAAAGUCGCUUUCUGUCCUACUCACCUGAUGAAAGCUGACGGACUAACGAAACUUUCAUGCUCAUCCACUCAACGCAGAUUAUUAUUACAUCACAUAGAGAAUCCAGUAAUUAGCCGUAACCAUGUUGAAGAUGAUAGUGACUCGGAAGAAGACGAUGCUGAGUCUGGUUCAAGUUCUGCUUCUUUGGCGGUGCUUACCUAUUCUAUCUUCUUAGGGUGUUAGGUCGUUGGUCAAAGGUGAUGUCAGUGGCUAUACAACGAAAGUGAUGGCUCUGGGUCGGAGCAGGUAACGCCAGACCGUGUGUGACUUUCGUCUUACUUUUCCUCCCCUAGCGAUUGAGGAGGGGUGUUGGUCAAUGGUCAUUACUGGCUCACGAUCCAAUGGAUGAACCUGAUUUCAAUGCCAAAUGACUGCUCUCACUCGUCACCUUGAUCAUGAUCAAUACCGUUCCUUGUCUUGAACUCGUGUUAGUUCCUCGCAUGGUCAUCAUUUGAACUCAAUGAAUUCCAACAUGAAUUAGCAGCAAGAUCUCCCAGAUCUUUAACUGCACUAUGACCCUUCAUGAUAUCCCAAUGACAUUGAACCCAUUUUGAUACCAUUUCAGGGCCUUAAACAGUCAGUGAUCAUUCGGCACGUCCGUUCUGAUCGUCUUUCUGUUACAUUGCAACGAUAAUCAUUCCAUUUACUCUCAAGAGCCUCAUAUUGCGCUUGGACGUGUUCGGGUGUUCCAACACUGUUUCAAGCCCUUGAGCCUUACCUUAUUAAAGAAAUUGCUAGUCAAUACUUUGUAGAAGUAGAGAAAACAAAGUCGCAUUAUUUGCGCCACAAAAUGCCCGAUAUGAGUCUUGGAGAGAUUUCACCCAAACUGGGACAGAAAUCUGACUGGCGUGACUGGCUUCGAGCGGUAACGCAAGAAGCGGACCGCCUGGACCUAGUCCAAUACUUCAACAACGUGCUGAACGGCAAUGCGGCAGGGAUUCCGAACCAACCCAACAACAACGACCGCAAGCUCCAGCAGAAUUGGCGAGAUUUGAAGAACGUGAUCAUCAAGUCGCUCAAAGGUGCAGCCGCAGCACAUAUGAAGGAUCAGGAUACCACUGUAAUGAACGCUGGUGAAGUGGUAACAAACCUCCGUGACGCUGGUUUCAGUCAAAAUGACCGCACAGAGCAGCGAAUCUCUGCUAAAGCGUUGGAAGGGAUGCAUUUCACGAACAGUGAUUCUCCUCCAGACGUUCCAACAUUCUUGGCGAAGGUUAGAGAUGUCAUGAACCAAUCUCCGACCGUAUACCCGCCGGAAGUUGGUGUGGCUGUUGCUGAUCAACAAAACGGAGCAAUCCUCGACAUUCUGCCAAAAAUGUUUUCCAAAGCAUUUCGACAGACAAUCGAGAGGAUGCAAGAAGAUGAACAUCUAACGUUCGUCCAAAUCGGUGACAGACUCACGAAACGGCUUCAAAGUUUGAUUGACUCUGGUGAGUACAAGAUCGAGAAUCCAUCUUUCGGCAAAGCUUUUCCAGCUGUCGAAGAUUCCGAUGAUGAAAACCAGAACAAUAACAAAACCAAGAAGCGUAAACGUCAAGAUGAGAGUGAUGACGAUGGUAACGCGUUUGCCGCUCUCAAGAAAACAACGAUCAAACGACUUCGCAAGAAGAUUCGCAAAGAAAUCAAGAACGAGGUCUACGCAACAAAAGGAAGUGGAAAGAGUAGUAGUAGUAGUUCUAGUAGUAAGAAGAACAAAGGAAAUGGCAAAGGUAAAGGUGCUAAGAACUCAAAUCCUAAUGAGGGCAUCCAGUGCAACUAUUGUCACAAAUAUGGACAUAAGGCGCACAAAUGCUGGCUAAACCCGAUGAGUCAAAGCUACCAACCUAACAAAGCCAUGGGCAGCAACUUCUUCAACAAUUCAUACAACUGUUGGCCGCAAGGUAACACUAUCCCUCCGUGGCACCAGAACAACUAUCCACCGCAACAAAGUGGAGGAAAAGGAUUCGACAACGGUAACCCACAGCAGCAAUGGGGUGGACAACAACCACAACGCUGAGUCGAAACCAAUCCGGAAUGGAAUGGAUAUGGGAGACGAGAUGGACAGUCCCAAGAUGAAGAAGAAUUGGAAGAAGAUUUCCAAAAUGAGGAUGGAAAAUGUUCGCUGAACUUGGAAGAAAACUUUGAGAAUAAAGAAUAUAGAAGUGAACUGCUUAGGGAUGAAAGCUAUAUGAUUGACAAUCACUCAGGUUGCUAUCUUAGUGCAAAUCAAAGCAAAACAGUUUCACUUGUUGACAGUUGUGCAAAUAAGUAUUUGUCUAGCCAUCGUUCCGAUUUCAAGAAAAUUAGCCACCGGCUUUGUCAUAUUAGUGGCACUGCUGGAAAGCGAAGUGGGAACCUAGGUAGACUAAAAGAAAACAAACUAGGAUUAAAAUAUGGCGUACACUUUGAACACUUACCAAAAGCCAUAGAUCGCAUUAUACCGUGGUUAGGUGAAGGAAACUGUCAUGAAAAGGGUUGGCAAAUGAAUUUCACAGAAAGUGGCGGAACGUUGUACAAUACUCGCUCCGGCCGCUCUCUACCCAUAACAAAUUGCCCCCAGAUGCAGUUACCUAUUCUAGGCUGUGACAUGUUUAGCAAAGAAGAAAAUGAAACUGAGGAGGAUAUAGUAUGCACUAGUAUAGAAGAAGCUAGACUUCAUUCACAAGCUUCAAGAUUAGACAUACAUCGUAGACUUGGUCACUUUCACGUUGAUGGCCUUAGUGUAUCUUGUCCAGAAUGUGAUCGAACCAAAGGUCAAAGACGCUCUCAUGCAAAAGUGAGACCCCCUGGACAUAUACCUUCUCCAUUGAAAACACUUGCAAUUGAUUUCGCAGUUGGUAUUAGACCAGUAUCUAUAAGAAGCAAAAGAUGUGCUUUAGUCAUUAUUUGUGAUUCGAUUAAAAUGUGUUUCGUUCGUCCUCUUUGCCUCAAGUCGGACUGCGUAGAGGUGAUUGAAGAAGUAAUAAAAGGCAUUCGCCAGGACUACUCAUUGUCACUCGACGACAAGGUGGUGUGGUUCAUCCGUAGAGAUAACGAACCCGUCCUAAGUAGUGACCAUAUGACCAAAGUCAUGCAAUCGCUACUGGUUUCGGAAAUUCCUGGAGUUCCUUACAACCCAGAAAUGAACGGAACUUGCGAACGUUUCAUGCGGACCAUUUUCGGUGCUGUACGUACCAUGUUGGUCAAAGUCGACCGACGUCUUUGGUGUUACUGCUUACAGUAUGCCGGAGAUUGUUGGAAUCGCUUACCGCAUCGUUAUGCAAAAAUGCCAGAACGUGAUGGAAUGAGUCCUGUCGAGAUACUAGAAAAGAGGAUAGGAAAGAAGUCCUCGAAAAGUGGUCUAGGUAUGUUAAGAAGAUUUGGUUGCUUGGUGUACUUUCGUGAACAGGUCGUAGACACCACCAACAAGAAAGAAGCAAAGCUUGCGUCACCUUAUCGGCGUGGUGUGUUUCUCGGUCUGUGUCCAGUUUCGUCUGGUUGGCUAGUAGGUACAUAUCACAACGAUGGGAGAACGAAAGCUGGCUUCAAGUGGAGUGAGUAUUCCACACUAGACGUAAAAUUUCGAGAGUCGAUAUUAGUCAAGAACAUUGAUUGGCUAUUGCCUACGUCGAAGGGCAUUUAUGUUGAUUAUGACCCGCUGGAAAACCUGCAGUCUGGCACGCCGUCGCUGGGUCCCGUCCUGCACAGACAUGCGCUGCAACGUAUGGCCUGUCAGCCGCGCUUCUCUGGCACGGAGUACAGCUCAGGCGAUCCAACCGGCAUGGAAAUGAUACUAGAUAACAAUGACAUUGGUGAGUUUUUCUGUGAAUCUUUGGACAAAGAGGAAGAUCCAAAGACCGGUGAUGAUUCCAACUCUGACGCGCAACGCGUUGAGGAGGGGAAUAUCUCAUCGGAGCGUGUGUCGCCUGACUCUAAUCCUGAAGCAAGGGAUCCGAGGACCUUACCCAUUCCACCAUCUCAACCAGGCAAAGUUGAGGAGGGGAAGAAAGGCCGAGGAAGACCUAAAGGGAGCAAGGAUAAGAAUCCAGGACAACGCAAAAGAAGAACAAAAGCCGAGCUAGAAGCAUUAAGAAAAGACAUGCAUAAAUUUGCCAUGCUAGCAGGCGGGCAUGAGCUGGAAGAAGGGGAGACCUUUCUCGAAGCACAUGUCAUGCUGUCAGUUUCCCAAGCCUUGAAAAGCCCUGACGCCGAGAAAUGGCGUGCAGCUAUCACCAAGGAGGAAGCUAGACUACUUGCCUUUGAGACUUGGGCGCCAGCUACUGACGAGGAGCUGCGAACCUCUUCUCAGGUAAUGCCUAUAGCAAUCGUUCUCACGGUAAAACGUGAUGGAACUUUCAAAGCUCGUGCUUGUGUGCUCGGGAAUCUUGAUCGUUCGGGGAAUAUCGACACCUACGCCCCUGUAGUGUCACAUGCUGCGAAUAGACUUUUACUCGUUUCAGCAGCGACGGACUCUGACUUCGUCAUCCCAUUCGACCUUGAUUCUGCGUUCCUUAAUGCUGAACUCGAUCGUGACGUCUUCUGCCGUCUUCCACCAGUGUGGGCGGAGAAGCAUGGAGCGGAUAUCGUCAAGCUUAAGAAAGCUCUCUAUGGGCUCAAGGACGCUCCACGAGCCUGGUUCAAGAAGUAUUGCGUGCUAUUGUCCGAACUCGGAUGGGAGCCGUGUCCUUCUGCUCCAGGAUUGUGGCGGAAAAAGAGCAAAACGCACCCAGGAAAGUAUAUGAAGAUGUCAGUCUAUGUUGAUGAUAACUUAGCUACUGGACCUGACUAUCACGAGUUACGGUCUGAGCUCGACCGGAUCUUUAGUCGCGCCCCUGGCCGACCUAUUGAGAUGGCAAAGCGAGUCGAUUCUCUUACGGGUUUCGAAUGGCUAGAGUUCGACUUUCUUGGUGCGAUUGUGCACUAUUGUCGGGAAGCACGUUCAGUGAAAAUCCUGAUGAAUGUGUACAUAGAGAAGACUAUACAGAAGUAUAAAAUAACAUUAGGUAAGCCGGUGUGGUCUCCAAAUUUCGACGAGUCUGCUUUGCUUGAGGAGGGGCUUAAGCUAGCAGCCGGGUUUCCAUUGCGUGAGAUUGUUGGCGCACUGCUUUGGAUAUCGACAACCGCAAGGCCAGAUAUUUGCGUCCCUGUGGCGACAUUGGCUCGGUAUGUCAGUAAGCCCGUUACAGAAAGAAUUGCAAAAGCCUGUAGAAAAGUAUUAAAGUAUCUAGCUACGACAAAAGACCAAGGACUCUAUUAUUCUCCAGAAAGUGAGGAAGAAUUCAACGGAAUUUACAAGAAGCUCCUACCAGAAGGAAGAGAGCUACCGUAUACUAACUGGUUCUCAGAUGCAGGAUUCGCAAACUGCAUAAAGAGCAUGCGCUCGACCAGUGGUUCGAUUAUGUACUAUCGGGGCUUUCCAAUCUGUUGGAAACGCAAUACACAAACCGUGCGUGCAUAUUCAACUGCAGAGUCAGAGUAUAUAGCCGCGUCGGACACUAUUGUCAUGAGCGAGCUGCAUGAUUUUACAGAUUUCUUCAAUCCCUUACCCACUCAAUUAGUGGAAACGCGGUUUGGUAUAUCGCCAUCCCUCGAUGAUGCCAUAUUGUGGAUAGACAACCAGUCUGCAAUCUCGACAGCAAAGAGUGAAGACACGAAGCCUAAGAGUAGACACUAUGCGUUACGUUAUUUACGAGUUAGAGACGCAGCUGAGAAAGUAGUUUUCUGUCCUACUCACCUCAUGAAAGCUGAUGGACUAACGAAACUUUCAUGCUCAUCUACUCAACGCAGAUUAUUAUUACAUCACAUAGAGAAUCCAGUCAUUAGCCGUAACCAUGAUGAAGAUGAUAGUGACUCGGAAACGGAAGAUGAUGAGUCUGGUUCAAGUUCUGCUUCCGUGGCGGUGCUUACCUAUUCUAUCUUCUUAGGGUGUUAGGUCGUUGGUCAAGUGGUGACGUCAGUGGAUAUAGAGAAUCGUGAUGGUUCUGGGUCAGAGCAGGUAACACCAGACCGUUUGUGACUUUCGUCAUUUCCUCACCUAGCGAUUGAGGAGGGGUGUUGGUCAAUGGUCAUUACUGGCUCAAGAUCCAACGAACGAACCUGAUUUCAAUGUCAAAUGACUGCUCUCACUCGUCACCUUGAUCAUGAUCAAUGCCGUUCCUUGUCUUGAACUCUUGUUAGUUCCUCCUAUGAUCAUCGUUUGAACUCAAUGAAUUCCAACAUGAAUUAGCAGCAAGAUCUCCCAGAUCUUUAACUGCACUAUGACCCUUCAUGAUAUCCCAAUGACAUUGAACCCAUUUUGAUACCAUUUCAGGGCCUUAAACAGUCAGUGAUCAUUCGGCACGUCCGUUCUGAUCGUCUUUCUGUUACAUUGCAACGAUAAUCAUUCCAUUUGCUCUCAAGAGCCUCGUAGUGCGCUUGGACGUGUUCGGGUGUUCCAACACUAUUCGAGUUCUAUCUUUAUAUCAGAAUUACAUCUUUGAGCCGUAUAUUAGAAUGUGAGUCUUACAACAUCUUUGAAUUUGAAGAUUUAUCUGAGUCAUCUUUGAAUUUGAAGAUUUUUGGGUGGAUUUUUCUGGUCCUUUGAAUUGUUUGUGUUUCUUCUUAGAUAGUAGUUUUUCUUUGUUUCUUUCUUUGCGUUUCAUCUUACUUUAUCUGAAGUUUUCUUCAUUCCUUUGAAGAUGAUAGUUUAGAAGGUCAAGGCCUCAACCGAUGGCUGAGCCGACUGAUGAGCCCGACAUCGGCACACUAACCUUGUAAAUUAGUAGAAGAACCUGCGAACGUGAACGAAUAUGAAAGUACAGAGUAUUUCUUCAUAAGAUGAAUUCCAAGCGGCGUAUCGAAGCGGGCACAGCGGAGGAACCUCGUCUG